AACGACCGACUGGCGAGUCCAUCUCGCGCUGCUCGACUAGGGUUUUUCCGACCUCGCCGAUUCCCUCUCCUCUUCUCCCCGUUUUUUCCCGAGCCGCGGCCGCCGCCGCCGUCUACCUCCCGCCAUGGUCAGGCUCACCGCCGACCUGAUAUGGAAGAGCCCGCACUUCUUCAACGCCAUCAAGGAGCGCGAGCUCGACCUCCGAGGCAACAAGAUCGCUGUCAUCGAGAACCUCGGAGCCACUGAGGACCAAUUUGACACGAUUGACUUGUCGGACAAUGAGAUUGUCAAGCUUGAAAACUUCCCAUACUUGAAUCGUCUUGGCACUCUUCUAGUUAACAAUAACAGAAUCACGCGUAUCAAUCCCAAUCUCGGUGAGUUUUUGCCAAAGCUGCAUACUCUUGUGCUCACAAACAACCGUCUGACAAACCUUGCGGAGAUUGAUCCCCUGGCAUCUCUUCCAAAGCUACAAUAUCUCAGUUUACUGGAUAAUACUGUAACUAAGCAGCCAGACUACAGGCUAUAUGUCAUCCAUAAAUUGAAGCAUUUGCGUUUGCUGGAUUUCAAGAAAGUGAAACAGCAGGAGAGAGUUGCAGCAGCACAAAAGUUUCACUCGAAGGAGGCAGAGGAAGAGGCAAAGAAGGUACCUGUUAAAACGUUUACUCCUGGACAGCCAGAUGCUCAAGACACCACAAACGAGGUGCAGGCUCCUAAAGUAGUCGCUCCAACUCCUGAACAAAUCACAGCUAUCAAGGCUGCUAUUGCGAAUACCCACACUCUUGAGGAGGCUGCAAGGCUAGAGAAGGCAUUGAGCACUGGUCAAGUGCCUGCUGAAUUUGCAAUGCCCAAACCUGAUGCAAACAUGGCUGAAGCUUCAGAGCAAGCUGAAAAGAUGGAUACAGAUGGCCAGAACCAAGAGAGCGAGGCUGAUGGGCAGAAGCAAGAUGACGAGAGCACCCCAAUUCAAGAGGAUUGAAGGCAUGCUGGCGGACAUGGCUGUAUCCCCCGGGACCAUUAUUUGAGUUAGGUUUGCCGGUUUUCAUGGGGGCAGAAAAGGCCCACUGCUGCAGAACACCCUCUCAGGAUCGCAUGGCUAAUGUCGAGGUAGUUUUGUAUCUUGUGGAUGCUAACAAGAGUUUUCGAUAGAUGGUAUUGCUCGCUGUGGUGAGGAGAGAACUGUUGAUUGUUGUAAACCAUACAGUCGUGAAUGUUGGCGAUCCUUUCUUUCCAGUGCAACGCUUCGGUGACUGAUCGCAGAGAUGUUUUUUGUUGCAUCUCCUCCUAUCUGAAAUCCUUACAGGCUUGAAUCGAAAA